CGAGAGAAGCGGACCUGGCGGCGAGGGAGGCGGCGGUCCAGGAGCAGGAGGCUGCGUUGGCGGUGUCGGCGGCUCAGCGGCGCAUAGAGGCGGCGGCGGCGGCGGCUGCUGCGGCUGCUGCGGCUGCUGCUGCGGCGGCACCUGCCGCGGCUGCUGCGGCUGCGUCAGAGGGCACGGGGGCGGGCCUGGCCGCCGAGACGGUGUGGCGCGACGCGAGCGGCGGACCUCCGCGCAUCGGGGAGCCGCUGCUCAGUGCAGACGCGCCAGUGUACCGCGACCGGCUCGCCCGCGCCCGGCUCGCAAAGGACCCCUCCCUCGAGCCCGAGGUGGUCGUGCCGCCGCCGCCGGCCGAGCGGGCAGCCGCAGCGGAGCGGCUGGCCGCUCACCGGCUCGAGGAGGUCGAGGCUGCGCGGGCAGUGGCGGCGGCGGCGCAGGAGGCGGCGACCGCGGCGGAGGCGCGCGCCGCGUCGCGCGCGGAGGAGGCGGAGGCCCGAGCGGCGGCGGCAGCUACCAAGGCGGCGGCUGCCACCGCCAAGGCCGAGGCGGCGGCGCGGCUGGCGGAGGCGCGGGCGCAAGCCGCCGAGGCGGCGCUGGCCGGCGAGCGAGCCGCAUCAGAGCAAGCCGCCGCGGAGGCGGCGGUGGCGGCGGCGGCGGCGCUCGAGCGGGCGGAGCGGUUGGCGACGGAGGAGAAGGGGAGCGGGGCGGAGGCGGAGGCGGAGGCGAAGGCGAAGCGGCGAGCGGUGGAGGCAGCCAUGGAGGCGGCGGCGUGGGAGGAGGCGGCGAGGGAGGCGGCGGCGGGAGGCCGCGAGUUUGGCAAGGGCGGGGCGGAGAGGCAGGGCGCAGGUGCCGGUGCUGCAGCGCCUCCUCUCGCACCGCCGCCGGCGCCGCACGCAUUUGCGAUCGGGUCGCGGGUGCUCGCCCUAGCGCCCGAGGAGUCGGACUCGGACGGGGAGGACGAGGGGCGGCCGGGAGCGGCGGCGGCGUGGGUCCCGGGGCGUGUGCUGGCGACCCGCGGGCUUGGCGAGGCGCGGGAGUUUAAGAUCUCCCUCGAUGGCUACGACUCGGAGACGGACGCUUGGGUGGGCUCGUUCGACCCCGCAGUCAGGCCAGCAGCGGCUGAGGGCGGAGAGUCGGCAAAGUCGGACGCGCGCGUCGCGUCGCGAGUGGUGUCGGAGCAGCGGAGGGAGGAGUCGAGGCGGCGGCUGGCGGGCAAGGCCGGCGAGUACAUGGAGUAGUAGCGGGCACGCACGUACAUCUUCAUGCGUUCACGCGACGGUAUUGAUUGACUUUUCUCCUUGCUUUGGGGCCUGUCAGCUGUCUGCUGUGUGGCAAAAAGAAAGAAA